AUGGUUGAGGUCAAUGACACUCUAAUUGAGCCGGAUGUCGUUGAACCGGUUGUUUUAGGUGACCGUUUGGGCGAUGUUCGUCCGACAUCAAAUAGGGGAACUCUCGAUGAAACUAUCUUCGAAACUUUGAAAAGAGAUGUCCUGGAGAUCAAUUCACGUUUGAAACAGGUAGUAUAUCCACAUUUUGUGCUCAAUCGACAGCCCGCGACUGAUCUUGCGGCGGAUACCGUUGUUCAUUGUGAUCUUUGGGCUCCUUUGGCGUUCAUUAUACUGUAUUCCGUGUCCGUAUCGCGUUCCAAUGCCAAAUCCUUAUUUUCUGGGUUAUUUGUCUCUCUUUGGGGGGCUCUGGUUGUAAUGGCUGUGCAUCUGAGAUUGGUCAAGCCACACGAGAAGAACUCAUUGAUGUCAUAUGUGUCAAUGUCGGGCUACUGUUUAUUCCCCCAGGUGGUUAACUCAAUAUUGGGUCAGCUGGUUCUGCCGUUGAUCUUCUCUCUAGGUCAUGGCUCACAUUGGUCGAUUAGAAUCUUGAUCAUCACGAGGGUUUUACUUGCCGUAGCAUCUGUCAUGUGGUCUAUAAAUUCUUUUCGAGUGGUUGCCAAUUGUCAGAGUUUAGUAGAGAUCUAUCCGCUGGCUCUUUCUUUCUUCGUGAUUGGUUGGCUCUCGAUUGUUUUUUAG